AUGUACAAAUUUCAAUGCAUAAAGGCGACGAACGGAGGCCAGACAUAUCCACCAUCACCGACGGUUGAUCAACUUCCGAUUCACUUUUCCGGCCGCUUAACUUUCCAGGCGUUGAGGAUGUCGACGCCGGCGAGGAAGAGGUUAAUGAGGGAUUUCAAGAGGUUGCAGCAGGAUCCUCCGGCUGGAAUCAGUGGUGCGCCGUAUGAUAACAAUAUUAUGCUUUGGAAUGCCGUCAUAUUUGGCCCUGAUGAUACUCCUUGGGAUGGAGGUACGUUCAAGUUGACACUGCAGUUUUCAGAAGAUUAUCCAAAUAAGCCACCAACAGUUCGAUUUAUUUCCAGAAUGUUUCAUCCAAACAUUUAUGCAGAUGGGAGCAUAUGCUUGGACAUUCUUCAAAAUCAAUGGAGUCCAAUCUAUGAUGUUGCUGCCAUUCUUACAUCAAUUCAGUCAUUACUCUGCGAUCCAAACCCAAACUCACCAGCAAACUCAGAAGCAGCACGCUUGUUUAGUGAGAAUAAGCGCGAGUACAACAGAAAAGUGCGUGAAAUUGUUGAACAAAGCUGGACAGCCGACUAAAAAAACAUCCGCUGCUUUCAUAUCUCAUCACAUCUCAUCUGUGUACCUUUAUAACAUAUAUGCUUGUUUGAGAACACACCACUCAAACACUAAUAAUGGAAAACCAAUAUAAAUUCAGUUUCUAGGCAAAUUUAAGCUUCUUUUUUAUUUUUAUUUUUUUUUUAUUUUUUUUUUUAAUGUUUUAUUCUUGUUCAUUUGCUUGCGUUUUGAG